GUGGAAGUAAGUUGCCUCCUCCCUCAUUGGCUUGUGACCAUCAGUUACUCACCAUAUAAACCCAAGGUGCACUCACAGACCCUGGCACAGAAGACACCAGGGACUCCACAGAGACACAACCCACAAUUGCACCAUGCCAAACUACAAACUCACUUAUUUUAAUAUGAGAGGGAGAGCAGAAAUCAUUCGUUACAUAUUUGCUUAUCUGGACAUAGAGUAUGAAGACCACCGAAUAGAACAAGCCGAUUGGCCUAAAAUCAAAGCAACUCUUCCAUUUCACAAAAUCCCCAUUUUGGAGGUAGAUGGACUUAUCCUUCACCAGAGCCUAGCAAUAGCAAGAUACUUGACGAAGAACACAGAUCUGGCUGGAAAAACAGACGUGGAACAAUGUCACGUCGAUGCGAUUGCAGACACGCUGGAUGAUUUCAUGUCUCGUUUUCCUUGGGCGGAGAAGAAGCAAGCUAUCAAAGAUCAAAUGUUUAAGGAGCUGCUCACAUCUGAUGCACCUCAUCUUCUGCAAGAUUUGGACACAUAUUUAGGAAAAAAAGAGUGGUUUAUUGGUAAUUCUGUAACUUGGGCAGAUUUCUACUGGGAUACCUGCAGUACCACGCUUCUGGUCUUUAAACCUGACUUGCUGGAUAUGUACCCCAGGCUGGUGACUUUAAAGAAGAGAGUCCAAGGCAUUCCUGCCAUCGCUGACUGGAUACAACGAAGACCCCAAACCAAACUCUAGCUGAUACACGACACCUCCAAGCAUUGCUGAUCUUUACGGCGUGUCUCCUGUGAAGAUAGCUAUAGCCUGCCAGGUGAUCCACAUUUUCCCCCUCUCUACCUCCACCAAGACUUUCACUUUAGCUAUAUUCCGCUUUGCAAAUGAAAA